AGUUUUCUUUAGGACGUCAAUUGUCAAAAACCCAAUCUCGAACUCAUGCAUUGGAAUCAUAAAAAAUAAUAAAAGCAAGGUCAAAUUUCAAUAGUUUCGUCAAUAUCCUUGUGCAGUAGUUGCUUGACAUACAAUUAAAUAUGGUGUGCGUUCCGUGCUUUAUAAUUCCAGUUCUUUUGUUCCUGUGGCACAAGUUUAUACAACCCUACGUGCUUCGCUUUUGGAACCCAUGGGCAGUCAAGGACGCGGAUGGAAACGUAAAGACAGAAUUUCCAUUCCAAUGUGAAGGAGGCGUUUGUAUGUUCAAACGAAAACAAGAUGACAAGGAACAAGACACACAAGCACAAAAUGAAACUAAUACACCAGACAACAGAAUAAAAGCAGAUUGACGCAUUUUAUUUUAAGUUAUAAUUUAAUUAACUUGGAAUUAUCCACCCAAAGUGACCGCGAGACUAUAUUUUCAAUACUAUCAAAUAUUAACCUUGUUAUUGUCUCUAGAAAGUUCUAAGGCACUUCCUACUGCUUAUUAUACCAUAUAAUAGUAUUGUGUUAGAUAUUAAUUAAUGAUAAAGAUUACAAAGAGGUACCAUCAUUGUGCAGCAUUUCAUUUAAGAUACUAAGUAUCUAUUCAAUUCAAAUGAAUAAAUAACUGUCUACAUUUCCAUAAGUUUGUAAAACUAUAAAUAAAACAAAAAUAUGUAUUCAA